AGAAGAAGGAUCAUUACGGUGGUGUGUUCCGCGUUGUGUGUUGUCACGUGUGUUGUCAUUCAGAAAAAAACAAGCUAGCAAAUACAUUUUUUGUUUUCCUAUAAGUUUCGUAAGUUCACCUUCCCAGAAUUAUCUCAGAUAUGGACGGGGGGAAAGAUGAGGACUGUUUGUUCCUGGAGCGGGUUCUGGAUUCACUUUAUGAUUUUGGAUCAGAAAAAAAAAAGAAUCUCAAAACCCAGAAAAAGAAAAAACGAAAAAGAUGCGAAGAACAAGAGGAAGAAGUGGAACUUCAUACAGCGAAGGAAACCUGCAGAGAAGCUGAGGUUUACAGAGGUGCAGAGCAGCAACCAAACACUGAAAUAAAAGGUUCAAGCAUCCAGCUGGAAGACAAAGUGGAGGUGGUCACAUUUCAGGACCCCAGAAAGAAAACCAAACAAACUCCAGUCUCUACCAAGAUCCCUGUUAUAUCUGGACAGAAAGCAGAGCAGAAGCAAAUCAUCCAGCAAGAACAGCUCAGUUUGGAAAAGGCUCGUCUGGAGGUCCAUCGGUUUGGAAUCACGGGCUACAAGAAGGAGCAGCAGCGGGUUUUUGAGCAGGACAGAGCAAUAAUGCUGGGAGCCAGACCUCCAAAAAAGGACUAUGUCAACUACAAGGGACUGCAGGAGCAAAUCAAAGAGAAGAAGCAGAAAGUAAAAGAGGAGUUUCAGCAAGACAAGAAGAAAAAGAAGAAGAGUAAUCAAAGAAACCAAAAAAAACAACCAGCCUUUAGUUCUGGCGUGGCGCCAUCGGGUCAGGUGGGUCGUUUCAAGAACGGGAUGCUGAUCCUCAGUUCCAAGGAAAUCCAGAAAAUCAAAGGCAAGAAGUAAAGGGACAAGGGAAGCAAGACAAAAACCAGCAGCAGGCCGGAGGAGGAGUUUGUGCAGUGACUCGGCGUGCAGCAGGAAACGAUCCUGAUUUUCUGACGAGACGCAGGUCUGCAGCAAACGUUGGGAUGAGUCAAGGUUCUGAUAUCUUGAAAACCGAAAUGGACAUGAAAAUACGCACCAAAAUGGACUUGGCCUGAUCAAUUUCAGACAUUGGUUUAUUUAUUUCCUUUGCUUAUAAAGUACACAAAAAAAGGAGACUCUGCAGUGUCUUGUACUUUUAAUGUUUAGGUUUUAAAAAGUAUGGAGAUGAGUUGGUGUUUUCAUUAUUUACAAACCAUGUAGUUGUACAAAACAUGGAAAUUGUCAGCAGGGGACAAUUGGAGAACAAAAUUGAGGUAAAAAAAAAGUACACUCAUUAUUUUUUUUUGAUAAAUAUAUAUACACCAUGAGGAAGCAGGAGCCAAUGCAGUUUUUCAAGCUCAAAUUUACAAAACAUGUUUCCAUUCUCAACAGGCUGUGCUUUAGCUGUAAACACUGGAGUUUCUACAGAAACCCGAUGUUAGAGAGACAAUGUGAAAGUAAUUGGGCUGAGCAGAAUAAUAAUGAAAGACACAACUGAUUGGGUUGUUUGCAGCUGGGUGAGGUCACAGUUACUUAAAGUUUUCUCAAAGCAGCUUCUUGAGUUUUUUGUUUUCCAAAAUGAAGAGCAUGAGAACAGAUGAAGCUUCUGUGCAACAUAUUUAACCUGAAAGCUAUAGGUGUUUAAUAUUUUGCAGGCAAGCAUCAGUCAACAACUGUAUGUUAUGAGCAGCAUGAUAACACAAGUUUGGUCAACUUGGUUUGGUCAACAGAAGUAAAGAUAUUUAAACAUACCUGUAAUUUGAUAUAUCUACAUAUUUUUAAAUCGGUAAGAUAUUUUCCUAUUUACUGUUUUUAAGUUAAAUUUGUAAAUGCGAAGACGGGCUUUCCUCAGCAACAGCAAGUUAAAUCUAAGAAAUAAGUCACAUUCAUGGGUAAGUGUCAGGUAAAGGGACAUGGCAUGCAAGCACACUUACAAAACAUUUACACAGCAAUGUAUGCAUGUCAAUCAAUUCAAUAAUUUUUUCAUUGACGUGUGUCACAACAUUUUUGGGAUAAAGAGAAAAUGUAGCCACAUAUCAUCUGAAACCACUAGAACAUGGUAAGAUAGAGCUCCACAGUUCAUUUGUUCCAAGUAAAAUUUCCUCUGAACCAUUUAGCAAUAAACACAGCCUGCACAUCCCGACUUUCCGAGCAUAAACAACAGUUUCUCUUCUCACGUUUGAUUUGUAGGCCAACAACUAUUGGGCUGAAAUCUAUUUUUGGUUACAGUAAAGUCAGCCACAGGGCAGGUUGUUGAUCUGGUGAAGGAGGUGAAAGCAGGGUCAGAGCUGAGCAGCUAGGUGAUAAAAAUAAAGCCCUUGGGUGGAAGCUUGCUAUCUAGACACAUGUCCCCUUCAGCAGAUGCUCACCCUGAUGUCUUUGUCAUGCUAGAAAAUAUGCUAAAUGUGAAAGUGGGAAAGUCAAAUGGGCUACAUACUCGAGUGCCAAAUACAAUGUAAAUAAAAAAUGUUUUUAUUAUUA